AUGAAAACUCAAAGAAAGAGUUUAAUUAAAGAAAUUAAAGCUCAUUGUCCUAUUGUUAUCAAGUAUACUGAAUUAUUCUAUUAAGCGAACCAGUUGGAGUAGUGUAACCCCUUUGUAACAAGUUAUAUACAAAACCAUUAAGUGAUUGGAAAAAUGUAGAAGCCUUUAUUAAGUGGAGAGAUAUGAAAUGCUAAAAAAGUUUAGCAUUAUUGUAUAGUAAAAAACAGAAUUGUAGAAUUGAUUUACCGAUUCCUUAAGUUAAGAAAUAAUAAGAUAUUCAUUCUACUAAAUCUAUUGAUGUAUUCAUUUCUUAACAAUCAUAAGAAUAAAAAUAAGUCAAGGGAGAUUAUUUAACAUUGUUAAAUGAAUAAAACAAAAAAAUAUGAAUACGUAGAUACAUCAUUAAAUAAAAUGUAUUAAAUAUAAGACAAAUCUGCAUAAGAGUAUUAGAGUUAUCUAAGUAAGCAUUUAGAGGACUCAAGGGCAAUGAAUAAAGCGAUUUCAUUUAAUCUAUAAAGCCAGUCUCGUUUUUAAUUAUUUUAAAAGCUUAGAAAUAUGUAAACAUUUCUUUUUAUUCUAUAAAGGAACAAGAACAUUCUUAAUUCAUUAAGUUAAUAACAUGAAUAAAUUUAAAGCAAGUAGGAUGACUCAAAAAUAAUAAAAAUUGAAGUAAUUUAAUUAUUUAUAAGGUAGACUACUCUACGUAGUUCUGAUGAACAAAGUAAUUUAGAGACAUCUCCUAUUACUUAAUGUGAAGAUGGAUAAAAUAACAGAAUAAAAAAUAAACUAAAGUCUUUGAUUGGACCAAUCUAAUAAAACUAAAUCACUAAAAAUAAAUAAUUAACUUUACCUUAUUUUUCGAGAAAUCAAUUAAAUAUCAAAUAUAGUCAUUUUUUUGUUACAAAUUAAGAUUGUGAAAAUAAUCAAUCAUCAGAUAAUAACAGUAAUAUCAAUUCAUUAAUACGAAAUAAAUCAUCUAUGCUUAGUAGAGAAAUGAAGAGAAUUCGAAUUUAAACUGAAUGUUGA